AGGCACCGCUUGACUAUCCAGUGUCUUCACUUUAAGUUUAUUCUCUUUCCAUUCACUAGUGCAGUUCAUUUCUUUGUUGGGCUAGGAUUUCCCACACGCGGAUACACACAGUGCAUGCAGUGGUAGAGCGUUAUAGGCGGUAGACUGGAAGCUGUCAUUUGUCUGGUUUUAUGACUUCUGCGGCUUACACAGGCGUUAAAGACAUUCUUUCGCUGUAAAACUGCAAUAAACCCCCACUCUCCUUGCCCAAAGAAUUCGCACUGAACAAAGGGGCAACGCGCCAAAAAAAACGCUUGUCCUAAUAUAAGACUUUCCUUACCUCUUCGAAUAAAUGUGUCGAAUUUCGUGCACCAGCUCUAAUCUAAUUAUUGUCCAUAGUUGCUAUAGACUAUAGCCUAGCAGGUAACCUCAUGUGUUAUCAAAUGUAGCAUAGACCUGUCUUUUUUUGAUGGAGAAGCCUCAAAAGAUUUUGGCAUAUCCUUACAAAUACAACUCCAUUUAUUACUCCUGUCGUGGAGGCCUAUCGUGACAUAAGUAGCAGUGAUCCCAUUGCAUGGGGAACUAUUUUGUGUAAUUCCAGCUCUAAUGAUAAAUUAGGUGUGUGUGUGUGUGUGUGUGUGUCAAAGCGCACGCUCCUGUGUUCAGUUUUCCUGUCAGACUCUAGGCUUCAAAACAAGCCUGUGUUAGGACUUGUUUUAUGUCAAACUGAAUUAAGUCAAUACUUACUAUUUGUAUUUUAUCUCAUAAGAUUAGAUAACUGUGUUAUGGCCAUUCCUAUUAUCGAAUACAUCAACAUUCAGUCCAUUCAUGUAAGUCUAAAGCCUAUAGCAACGUUGCUAUUACAAACGAUAUAAUUAAAUGUCACCCAAACAUGUUUUCUAAACUCUAUUUGAACAAUUUGAUUAAACCCCUUUGUUUAUCAUAAAUCAUGCUUUUUAAUCAGUUUAUAAGCUAUGUAUCUCACACCGAGGAAAAAUAUAUUAAUCGAUGAGGGCAAUAUUGUCAAGACUUUUUCUAACUGAAUAAUUCGAUCACUGUAUUGCAGUUGCGGACCCUAAUCUUAUUUUCUCGACCCGAGAGACUUGAAAACAUAACUCUGCGUCGUCUCUAAGGUCCGUCUUUAAAAAAAUAACAAGAGAAUGAACUCAAGUCAAAUAAUUGAAACAGAGCAUGCUUGUCUAGCGUUAGCAUCUAUUUCUCUCAAUAAUUAAAUUCUACAUUUAGGCUAAUUGAUUAAUGUGAUUGUUUAUGGCCAAUCUGAUUCAAUUCAUCCACUGCAUGUUCUUUAUACAUUUAUGAGCAUUGGUGUUAUUGUUUUUGCUUCAGUAUAGUACAGGCUACUGUGCAACAAAGAACAUGUGUUGCGGAGGCAGAUUGGCAAGUAUGUGACUUUGUGCGUGCGCAUGCGCGCUCGCGCGCGUGUGUGUGUGUGUAUAAACGCUCCCUAUUUAUGUAGUCCGUCUUUCUGUAUGUGCGCACGCAUAUGACAAUGUAUUAGCUUGCGAUUGCGUUUGUGUGUGUACAUGCGCGUAUGUGAGAGUAGUUGCAAGCGAGGAUUUUUUUAAAUGAAGUAACGUUUUUUUUCUCCCUUAGUCCUCUACUCCUUGCUUUUUAUUGGAGGAAAUUUGGUCAGCUGACAUUGUCAUCUUGUCCAUCCUAGAGUGAGGCUUUAGCAACAACAUUCGGCUUUGUACCUUGUGUCUUUAUUGGUGUCUAGAAAUACAUUAUAAAGAAAUCAUUCAGCGUGCCGGUAUUAAAAGAUAGACUGACAGAGAAAAAAAGAGAGUGACUUAGUGUGAGAGAGGGAGAAUAGAGAGAGAGGUGAGAUUGUAAGGGAGGGAGGGAAAGAGAAAGAGGGAGCAAGGGAGAGAGGCAAGGUAUGAAUUCGUAUUUCGCAAACCCGUCGCUCUCAUGCCAUUUAGCUGGUGGUCAAGAGGUUUUACCUAACGUGGCCCUAAACUCAACUACCUAUGACGCUGUUCGACACUACUCAUCUUACGGAGCCGCUGUGGCCCAAAAUCGGAUAUAUUCCUCGCCUUUCUAUUCGCCCCAAGACAACGUAGUGUUCGGCUCGAGCAGGGGACCGUACGAGUAUGGAUCCAACGUGUUUUACCAAGAUAAGGACGUGCUGCCCAGCUGUAGGCAGAGCAGUUUGGGACAAGGUGCACAAACCUCACUCCCCCAGGAUUACCCGUCUGAUCCGGGCAGGAACGGCUCGCAGGAACAGAAGGGGAACAUUCAGAUCUUCCCGUGGAUGCAGCGGAUGAACUCUCAUAGCGGAGUUGGAUACGGUUCUGACAGACGAAGAGGCCGACAAAUUUACUCCCGGUACCAAACUCUAGAACUCGAAAAGGAAUUCCAUUUCAACCGCUACUUGACGAGACGCAGACGUAUCGAAAUCGCCAAUGCACUCUGUCUCACCGAACGUCAGAUAAAAAUCUGGUUCCAGAAUCGCCGGAUGAAAUGGAAAAAGGAAAGCAAUCUAACUACGACUCUCACCGAAAGUGGUUCGGCAGGGGUGAGUCAAGACACGGGUAAAGAGGACACAGAAGAGGCGACAGAAGAGAAGAAAGAAUGAACGAGUUCCUAACUUACUAUAUGCAUCAAUCCGCCGUUCUGUGAGGAUAACUUAACUACCUAUCAAGUAGCCUACCUAUCAACUAUUGUUUGGCACAAUAAAGAAACUAGUGUAUUAAAAUAUGUGGCUGCGUUAAAUGCAAUGUGGACGCUACAUAUCUUCAGACAUCAAUGUUUGACUUUUUAAUUUCUUUCUGUAUUGGAUAUGAACAUUUCACCAUGACCAAAUCAUUUAAUUCCUUACUUGACAUUCCCUUAUAUACCCAAACUGUGUGUAACGCGAAGACAUUCAUCAUUAUAUGUUCUUAAAUGCUGUUUGACAGCAAAGAAAAAACAGUGGUUCUCAGAUGUCUAUACACCUAUGAUGUUGGCAAUAUGUUUUACAAAAGUAAUUGUCAUAAGAUGUGAAGGAAGGUAUAAGCUUUACAUCCGCUUGAGUAACCCGUUUUUUUUCGUUUUGUUGUACGAAAAAACUAUGCUGAAUAAUAACGACUCACACUACCUAAAUUGUUGAUAUGUUUGUAAAUAUAUGUAUAUCUAUAUUACACGCCUUAGUCCUGUGAGAGCAUUCGUCCGCAUCCCGCACCUUCUUUGUAUUAGCUAGCCUACUUUAUUUAUGUUUAGAUAUGUACCAGUAGGCUAGCCUACAUUGAGUAUGUGGUCAAAUCAUAACUGACCGAUGUGGCUUGAAUUGUAGCGUUAGUUGAAAAUCCGAAAUAAAACAAUAACAGUGAUGAAGGCUAUGAAAUUCACUUCAAGUCAUAUUUAAUAAAACUGUUAAUAAAAAAAGUUGUCGUCCAUGUUUUUGCGCCCAUCAUACCAUGCUGGUCUAGUUCUCAAUUAUAGCCCUCCAUGCAGGUUAAAUGUGUACAUUAUCCUUGUUCACGUUUUUCAUUCGUCAUAUAACAGACCCAAAGCCAGCCACCCUAUCUAUAUAAUGGUUCUUCCACGUUAUCCGCGAAUUCAAAGCUUCGCAACUUAAAGAAAAGAGGAGCACACUAAUUUUGUCAAAGCAAUGCAGUGAAGUAUUUGAAUAGUCAUUUCAAAUAGCUACAGAAAUGUUGGAAGAUGUGGAUGGGGAAAAGCAAAUCCCACAAUUCGAUAUAAAACCACCGCUUGAGAGGCCUGUCUAAUUGCUAUGUCUAAAUAGACUUCCAUUUCAGCUUACACGGUAUGAUUUAACGUUUUCAUACGUGUUAUUAAUAAAGCAGGCCUUCUUUUUUUUAGAAAACUUGUCAAGUUAUGUGACUCAUGUCACACACAAGCCAAUUCAAACCAGGAGAUGUUGCAGUUGUUUAGAUGACAUUCUGUUUGCGCUUUACCUUUUCAGAUAAACCAAUGAUGCAACUUGAAUAAAGAUAAUUUAGGAUUACUGUUAUUAUUAUCACCAAUAUUAUCAACGUUGGCAUUAUCAUUCUAAGUAGGCUAUCAGUCGUUGUAGGCUAUACAAUUACGCACAAUUACUCACGUCGAUUUCGAAUUCUGGCAUACCGGCCUUAUCGAGAAAAUUGUUCCUGGUCAAGCCAUUAAGAAAACAAUUCCAGAUAGGCCUAAAAUACGAUAUGAAACAUAUAGUGAACAAAUGUGUACUUACAGUAUAGCGACCCAAACAAGUAGAAUGUUCUCAUGCAUUGCUAUUACGUUGACUGAAUAUCAGUUGGCCAAAGUAAUAUGCCAUAGCAAUUGAUUGUU